AUGGAAGCCGAUCACCUGCAUCGGGAACUCGCUGACCUGGGCUUCUACAUUCGGACGGUUGUGAAGAUAAAGUCACCUGAAUCACAAGAUGAUAUGCCGCUCUUCCUGGUCGUCUGCUCCGACACCGUGGAGAACCGACGUGCGUGCCCCCCUCCACCCACCGAGAAACCGACACGUGCACUCUGUGGCGGCGCACACGUGGCCAGCUAUCGUGGGCGUGAGGUGUGGAAGCGUGCCAUCGCCCGCCAACGUGGCCAAACGCCCGCGCCACGUCCUAAAAAGCCAGCAACGAGGCGGCCUGGUGUCUCCUUCGCAGCGGCGGCAUCCGGGGCGGCAACCGGGGCGGCCCCCUCCCUCCCGACAGCGUCGGAUGCUCCUGAUCCCGCCGCAUCCGAGGGCGUGCCGACACCUGAGGCCACUGCGCCUCCACAGCAGCCCACAGUGGCAGAACCGAUUACUGCCUCUCCCACGACGUCGACCAGGCCACGCCCCGCCAACCGCCGGCGCGAUGGUCGACGCCCCGUGGGUCCCCAGCGAUCAGCAACUCAGUCGAGCAGCUCCAGGUGGACUCUCACAGCGAAGCAGCCGCGCCUACCCCUUCCAGCGACAGGGCCGCGCCUGCUGCUUCAACCACCAACCUGGCCAACCUCGUCGCGCAGCUCACCGCCCGCGUGA